AUGAAGGAAGUAGACUUGCGUUUACCUCAAUUUUGGAAUAAACAUGAUAAAGCGAGAUACAUUGAUGUUGGUAUGAAUGGUUAUGACUUGUAUUAUUCUGGUCCUGGUAAAAAAGAACUGGAUGCAGCCACAAUUAGAACAAAUUUUCCUAUUAGACCUCAGUGUGGUAUUUAUUAUUUCGAGAUAAAGGUUACUUCAAAGGGUGAAGAUGGAUUUAUUUGUAUUGGAUUCUGUAGAGCAGGAAAUAAAUUAGAAAGACUACCUGGCUGGGAUGCUCAUUCCUAUGCAUAUCAUGCUGACGAUGGACACAUCUUUGAUCAAUGUGGGCGCGGAAAAAACUAUGGUCCCACUUUCACUACAGGGGACGUUGUCGGCUGUGGCAUCGAUUAUGCAAACCAGACUGCUUUCUUUACCAAAAAUGGUCUCUUUCUCGGUGUAGCCUUUAAGCAAGUGGAUCUUUCCGAACCAAUCUAUCCUUGUGUCGGCCUACGCACUCCAGGCGAAAAAGUAUCUGUCAAUUUCGGACAAGAACCCUUUGUGUUUGAUAUUGUUCAAUAUGUCAAAGUAAUACAAAUAUCCAAAAAUAACAAGGUAGAUCAAGACAAUAUGGAUCAACUCGUCCUCAGUUAUCUUGUUCACCAUGGCUAUAUCGAAGCAGCCAACGCGCUUCAGAAAAACUUGAGUUAUAUCAAACGCACACCUUAUUCUACAUUCCCUGCCACUAGUCAAUAUACCCAGACACGCUUUAAUAUCCGGAAACUAAUCAUUGAAGGAAAAAUAGACGAAGCGGUCGAACAACUUCAUAUUGCCUAUCCAGGAUUACUCGACAGUCGCCCUGACAUAUUGUUUGCGUUAAAGGCACAGAAAUUUUACAAUUCGAAUCCAAGCUACCGCGCUAGUCUAACAGAAAUAUCCUCACUCCUUGCUUAUCCUAAUCCUACUAUAAGCCCUUCAGCUCACUUACUAAACAAAUCAGCUCGAGAUUCACUCGCUUCCGAUGUCAAUGCAGCUAUUCAAAGUAAGCAUAAGAGAGGUAUACACGUAUUUUUUUUUUCUAAUCUUUUAUUGUUGUUAGUGUAUCAGCAUGAGCAACAAGAAUCCUCCUUGGAAAGAGUGUUUAAGCAAGUAACUGUCACUCUUCAACAACUUGCAUUAACAGGUCAUGGCCAAGCCACCUUGGUUCAAACAGACUCUGCAUAG